AAACACCAAAAGGACUUUCCUCUGAGGGUGAGAAGCACCACCCACUUCUGCUAUGCUGAGGCAGAAACUGAUAUCAGAUGAAGGAUCUGAGUCUGUCUGACAGAUACUGACUUCAGUUCAGCUCGAGCUGCGGCGUCUCACUUAUUCUCCACUGUUCACUGUCUCUCGGCUCUCACACUUGUUGAUCAUGGGGUUCCUUCUGACAAAGAUGAUGGCUGUGUUCGGGGACAGAGAGCACAAAGUCAUCGUUGUGGGUUUGGACAACGCUGGGAAAACAACCAUCCUCUAUCAAUUCCUGACGAAGGAGGCCGUCCACACGUCGCCAACCAUCGGCAGCAACGUGGAGCAGAUCACCGUCCGUAACACGCACUUCUUGGUUUGGGACAUCGGCGGGCAGGAGAACCUCCGAGCCAGCUGGUACUCCUACUACUGCAACACAGAGAUUGUCAUUCUGGUUGUGGACAGCACCGACCGCGAGCGUCUCAGUCUGACCAAAGAGGAGCUGCAUCGGAUGCUCUCACACGAGGACCUACAGAAUGCCGCCGUCCUGAUUCUGGCCAACAAACAAGAUGUGAAGGGCUCGCUGACGGCGGCGGAGAUCUCCCAGAUCCUCACACUUGAGUCCAUCACCACACACUCGUGGCAUGUCCAGGCCUGCUGCGCCCUGACAGGAGAAGGUCUUCCUGCCAGCCUGGACUGGAUGAAGUCACGGGUCGUCGCAAACUAGAGCUCGCGCCAGCGGAAUAAACUUCUUCAAACUGAGCCAUCCUCGAAGGCGCCGCAAAGGCCGCAGUGUCGGGAUCAUUACCAGUGUUUUGGGCAAAGUCCUGUGAACACGGCGCCUGUUUCGCCACACCUACAGUAUGUCUGACCCAGCUGUAUUAAGAGUCUGCACGGGGCGGCCGCCCUCCCGUGUGGCUGAGCCUCAGGACGGAUGAGCAACGGCAACGCCUGGAUAGAAACCGUUUCAGCUUACAGAUGUUGAUCAAGGACUGCUUGGUGGUUUGAUUAUUCUCCUAUAAUCAGUGAUACGGCACAGACUGGAAGUGCCCUGUGAGGUGCACCAUGUGACACCGUAAACAUCUAAUUGGAGUUCCUUCAGCUGUGUUAUUGACUCGUGAAUUGGUAAUUAAAGUACCAUGCAUUCAUUAAUCACUGGAGCUGAAAAAGUUGUUCCAAACAUGUUGAAUAAUAUAAGGCUUUUUUUUUUUUUUAAAAAAAGAAUACGUUUUACAGUUAAUUGCAAUAGGCCCUUUCAUUUCUUAUUGACUAUAAUAACCAUGAUCUCAUUUUGACCUUUGAUUGGGGAUUUACACCAUCGAUUACUUUCGUUCUUCAUUUCCCUGAAUCGCUCCUGCUGCCAAGCACUCAUGCCUCAACCGGUUACAAAACAGCUUUGAAUUGCCUAGUAUUAAAGUUCUAUCAUGCAAGACUUUCACGCAUAACUGAGAAAAGAGGAUAAGCACGUACUGUGGCUCCUGGGGCCUCCCUCACUCAGGACACAAGUCUGCGCCUGAUGUGUAAAAGUAUAUUUUGUUUGUAAUUUAUUUUUAAGCUCUUGAACUAUUACUACUGCAUAUUACAGCAAUAGGAAAAGGAGAUGGCUGCUAAGGACUAUGAGUGAUAUUUAAAUGAGUAUAUAUUUUAUUUUGUAAUUUUUUAUGAAUAAAUGUUAUUAUUGCAAAUAUG